CCAUGCCAGCUUCAUCAGCUUCCAAAGUACCGGCCUGCUAUAUUAAUUUCCCUUUAUAAUUCCCUGCCAUAGCCUAGAUCUUCCCCUCCUCCUCUCAUCGUCUUUGAUCUCUAGACAGUAUGAUCAAAGGCGGAACGUUUCAGCUUGUUCAUGGUAUUGAUCUGAUCCCGUCCCAUGACCAACAAUGGGACUACAGUAAUUUCGAGUACCAGGGAAUUAGCCCUAAACCAUCUUCUGACCAAACCAGCUGCCCCAACUUGGAGAAAAAUGAGCUCUCCAUGUGGGUAGAACAUGUCACGAAGCAGUUGAUUGAGGACAACAUCCCUGAAACCAGCACUAAUGCGAGCUUGCAGUCUGAUUCGACAAUGGCGUAUGGCGACGACGAGUCGAGGCCAAGGAAAGCUCCGAGGAGAAGCUGCACAGCAGAGCAGCAGCAGCUUGAGCAAGCUGAUCAGUGCUCCAAUGGAGGGUCCAAAGAAUUGAGCAGCUUGAACGACCAUGGCUUGAGCUUGAUCACGCUGCUCUUCGAGUGUGCCGUUGCUAUAUCGCUUGAUAACCUCGGCGAGGCUCACCGGAUGCUGCUCGAGCUCACUCAGUUGUGUUCCCCUUACGCUUCGUCUUGCGCCGAGAGGGUGGUGACUUAUUUCUCCAAGGCCAUGGCUAGUAGGGUUAUCAACUCGUGGCUAGGGAUUUGCAGCCCUUUGAUCAACCAAAAACAGGUUCACUGUGCCUUCCACGUCUUCAACAAUGUCUCCCCUUUCGUCAAGUUUGCCCACUUCACCUCCAACCAGGCCAUUCUCGAGGCGUUUCACAGGCGAGAUAGGGUUCAUAUCAUUGAUCUCGACAUCAUGCAAGGCUUGCAAUGGCCGGCGCUCUUUCACAUCCUUGCCACCCGAAUCGACGGCCCCCCGCACGUUAGGAUGACCGGGAUGGGGGCUUCAAUGGAGGUUUUGGCCGAAACGGGGAAGCAGCUGUCGAAUUUCGCCAAGCGUCUAGGCCUGUCGUUCGAGUUCCACCCGGUGCCCGAAAAAUUCGGCUACAUGGACUUGUCGGUGCUGCAGGUCCGCCAGGGAGAAGCCCUGGCGGUGCACUGGCUGCAGCACUCCCUCUACGACGCCACCGGGCCGGACUGGAGGACGAUGAAGCUCCUCCAGGGCCUGGCUCCGAGAGUGAUCACUCUGGUCGAGCAGGACUUAGCCCUUGGAGGGUCCUUCCUGGACAGAUUCGUCAACUCUCUCCAUUACUACUCCGCCAUGUUCGACUCUCUCGGAGCUUUUCUGCCGACGGACGAUCAAAGCCGGCACAAAGUCGAGCACAGCCUGCUUUACAGGGAGAUCAACAACAUUCUGGCGAUAGGCGGGCCGGCGAGAAGCGGCGACGAUAAGUUCCGGCAAUGGAGGAGCGAGCUGGCGAGAAAUGGGUUCUUGCAGGUGCCGAUGAGUGGGAAUGCCAUGGCGCAGGCGCAGCUUAUACUGAACAUGUUCCCUCCUGCUCAUGGCUAUGGCCUGGUGCAAGGAGAUGGCAGCUGCCUCAGGCUUGGCUGGAAGGACACUAGCUUGUUCACUGCUUCUGUUUGGACAUCAUCACAGGCUUCUUCUUCUUCUUCUAGUUCUAGAUAGCUAGCUGCUUGUUUUUCUUUCUUGGAAGGUUUCUUUCUAACCAAACAAGAACAGUAAUCUCUUUCCAUUUUCUAGGCUUUUCUAGCUAGCUAUAUGCCAACUUGUAAUUAUUCUUCAUUAAUAUAAUAGAUUACAGAUGCCAUAUUAGAUGGUCAGUGGUUUAAUUGAUGAAAUUAAAAUUAAGUAUAGAAUAAAUUCGCAACAUAUACGGAUCAAGUUUGAUAUUUUUUUAUCUUUAGGAUAUAAGUGGAGUGGUUGGAUAAAUAAUAUGUCAAUAUUAAUCUAGUGAAUUACAAGUUCGAUCUUUGGCUAUAUAAGGGUAAAAGGUAAAUCUGCAAUUUACCUCCCUUAACGUAAUCAAAAUCACAAACAUCGAGAACCGCGUAAGAACUAUGAUCCCAAAUUUAGCAUUUUCUUUUUUGGGCCAUAUAUAUUUUUUAGCACAAAAUUGGUCUAUUUUGAGUCUUUUGCUUAAAAAUCAACAAGAAAAAAAUCUAAAAGGAAGACUCUAAUUUUUGUGCUAAAAUAUCAAUUCAAAAUGAGUAAUUUGUUAAUAGCACAACUUAUUUAUUUAUUUAUUGCUUUUUGGUAAUAACACAAGCAGGGCGUUAACAGGCUCUCUCAAUUCUCAAACGAAAGCAGCGGUCCCCCGGGGAUGAUAUCGUCUUUUCCACGUCAGUAGGGUAAUACGCAGGUGGACGGAUUCACAGAAUGUAUCUUCAGUUUUACAUAAAUGAGAACGGCGACAAAGUGUACACCACCAAGGUUGUCUUGUCACCUGUCCCGGUGGAUGACACUUCCAACUUGGCUUGCUAAAAGAGAUUAAAACACUUUAAAGAAUCACCACUUGGAUUGGCUACACAAUCUGCCCAUCCAGAAAUUUUGGUUGCUACUGGGGUUAGAAUCAUGAGAGCUAUCAUUCCAUUUCCAGGGUUGGCUGGACUUUUCUGCCCGCUUCUCUCCCGAUGACAAAUAUUCGAGGCAAAGAGUUCUUCUGAAGAAACGAUUUGGACUGCUGCCAACCCAAAAGCCACCUCCAAAGUAUUGAGCAUUUCACAGGCUGCUUGGUGGGAAGAGAAUUGUGUUGUUGGGAAUUUGCCGCAAAUUAUGGGUGCGAAGGUGUUUGCCUUCAUACAGUUGCUCUUCAAGUUAGAGCUUUAUGAGUGUACCAUUGUAGGCCAGUUUUGUCACGGGAUUCUGAAAUUUAACAAUGACAAUUUUUGGAUAGGUAUUGCCGCAUGGUUUCAGUUAUCGGA